AUGUCCCCGCUGUGCCCCCUGCUGCUGGCCCUGGCCCUGACGGCCGUCCUAGGUGCGAGUGCCUGCCGGGCACCUGCCGACCUCAGAUCCAACGGGACGCGCACAUGCACCAAGCUCUAUGACAGGAGCCACCGCUACUACCAGAACUGCUGUAGGGGCGCCGAGCUGUCAUUGAAGCCAGACACCGACCUGCCCUUCCUGCCUUCCAAUGGGGCAAACACGGCCUCCUUCCUCAUGGUGGGCCAGCGCUGCAAGCUCACCAUGUGGUCCCAAUAUGGCAAGGCUGGCAAGAUGCACAAGUUCACGGCCGGCCUCAAGGAGUGUCGCUGGGGCAUCUUCCGCCACUGGCCCAACGCUAACUCCGUGCUCUAUUGCAGGCGCCUGCCCGCCCUCCAGGCUGACCCCAGCUCCCAGGCCACAGCCCUGCCUCCAUCACAACCCCCCAGACCCACCACCCAAGGAAAGAGGCUUGUCUAG